AUGAUGUCAUCCCCAUCGAAGACCGCCCCACCGUCAUAUUUAACUAUUUUGCCGAUUUCUGACAAGUUGACGCAUGAUAGGAAGCGAUCGCAUUCGGUUGUGUCGAAUGUUUCCCAGACGUUCGCCAAAAUGUCCAAGGUUCAAGAAAUUUUGUUGAGUAAUCAAAAAUGGUCGGUUUAUUUGAAAUUCAUCAUCUUUCGAUGUCAUGAGAAGAAAAAGAACGAUUUAAAUUUUAAAGGAAGUUUUCUAAGCGGUACUGCAAGACGGUACACGCCGUAAUUUGAAAAAAGUUAAAAAAUUGCGAUUUUUUUCUGAUAUGAAACUCUACCAUUUUAAAAAGAAACGAAAGAGUUUUCGUCCCUUUUUGAGAUAUAUAACUUUUUUUGAAAAAAAGCUAAAAAAAGACGUCUUUCAAUAAAUUGCUUACCUGGUUUCAGUUAUUUUACCUUUAUUAUUGUUUUUUUCUUCAUUUAAAUUUAAAUCAAAGCAACCCUUCUGAUGUUCACAAUGAUCUGUGAAUAAUUCAACAUUUCAAUUUGGCGUGGGCGUGAAAUACCUCUCCGUAAAUGGUCCUUAAAAUUCAAGCAGCGGAAUUCUUAAAAGCCACUUUCCGAUUGAUUCGUUUUUUUUCCUUGAUAUUCAAAACGCCUCAAUUUUACAAAAAUGAUUAUUUUUCAAAGUUUCUGAUAUAAAUUUGGUGAUUUAAAGAUUCGAAUCAAGCUAAUUUUUAUUCCAUUUGAAUGUUUUCAAGUUUUGCAGCAAAAAGUUUUUUUCAAAGUAAAUUUUGCGUUUUUUUGAUCAAAACUGGGUGUUUAUUGGUAAUUUAGAAAGACUUUUUUUGGGUAAGAUUUGGAGAUAAUGCUAAAAAUCUUUUUUACACGUUAUCGAUUGCACUUGAAAUAACUUCAUUUAUGAAUUUUUUUGAGCAAAUCUUGUUUUUUUAUUCGUUGCUUAUAACUUCGAUCUGUCUUGAAAGUCAGUGACUUGACGAGGAGAUGUUCAAAACGUGAAGAUAUUCAAGAUAAAUAAAACCUAAAACGUUUGAGCGCUAUAUAUUUGAAAAAUAUUCUAUAAAGCUGGUUAGUUUAGGGUUAAUUUAGUCGGCUUAGACGGGAUGAUGUCUUGAGACAUGCCUUAAAGAUUCACGGCGUUUGAAGGUUAUAUUGCAAAAAAAUACAGAGUUUUUAGCUUGAAAAUCAUCAGAGGGAUUAUCUCUAGAAGUUCGAUUCAGCUUCAUAAACUGACUCUUUGGAAGCAUGAUCAUUAAAGAACUUUUUCAAUCUCUAUCAAUUCCAGGACUUCGGGCGGGUGACAGAUGAAAAAUCAAAAGCCCAUCGUCGGGAAUCUUCUCCCUCAGUUCGAGAAAUGGUCGUCGAUUUCUGCGAACAGACUACUUUUCACGGUGUUAACAUGGUACUUUAUCCAUAUUCUUUCAAAUCCUUCCACGAAAAAAAGAUUCCAGGUAUUCACAACGGGUCACAUAUCAAUACAACUUUUCUGGAUGUUUUUGACACUUGUCUCAAUUUGUUCUCUUUGUUUUCAGUAUUCUCUAGUUUUUGAGAAAUACGCACGAGGUGACAGAAUAACCAAAGUCGAGGUUUUGUCGAGAAAUGUGGUUUCAAUCUGCAGCGUUUAUUUUCAGUUGGAAUUUGAAUCCGCUCCUUUUCCCGCUAUUACCGUUUGCAACUUGAACCCGUUCAAAAACCACCUGGCACGAUCGGUUCCGGAAAUCAGUGAAACGGUAACUUCAUAGAACGUCAGAAUCGGCACAUUGAUUGAUUCUCAGCUCGACGCCUUCCACCAAGCCGUUAUUUACAGUAACGACGCUCAGGACGACGAAACAAAAGAAAGAAGCAAAAGAGAAGCCAACAAUAAUGGUAUUUUUAAAUUUCUUUUCUUUUUCUUUUUGAGAAAAAGAAGAAGCCGUUAAAGACAAUAGUGAUGGAUUGACUCUUCGCAGUAGGAUUAGUUGAUAUACUGCCCUCUCAUUAUUCCCACUAAGUCAAGUGUUUCGAGUGAAAGAAAAUGCAAUAGAAUUGAUUUACUUUUUUGAGUCGGAAAUUCUUCAGGUGGUUUUCGAUACCUUCAAUAUGAACCAGUUCACUCGGACUGCUCCUGUUUGAAAGGACCCGAUAAAGAAUGCAUAGGUGAAUAGGCAGAAGUGAAGUCCAAAGUCCAGAGCGGAUUUUCAGGAAAGAACACCGUGCCACAAAGCCUGAGUGACGCCUGCAUUUGCAACUACGACCGACAAGAUGGUAGUGCCUGGCCUUGCUACAGUACAACGUCAGUCCAUCUUUUCAAAAAAAAUUCUUAAUUAAGGCAAGGUGAAAAAUGGAGACGCCUAAGCGCCUUUUUUUGUGUAUAGGUUUAGCUACUAAUACUUUUUUUAUUUUGUUUGUAAGCCAGCAGAGAAAUAUCUUGACUCUCUAUCAAUCAAAACUAGUUUGGAAAGUUAGGGAAAAGCGGAGAAAACCCCAAACCUCCAACUAAACCUUGUUCGGAAAGAUGUCAGGAUGGCUUUCUCUGCAUUUUUUUUAAGCUAAAGAGUUCCUGCUCAAUUUUCAUCGAUUCUGAAAAUAUGAAAUGAUUUCUCUGAACAUACAAAAAUGGCUUUGAGAUACAACUUCUCUGAAGGUUCAAAAAAAUUCAUGUGGGUGAAAAAAAUUUCUCGAUGGUUUGUUUAAAAAUAAUUUUUUUAAGUCCGCGUUGAACAAAUUAUCUAUUGAAGUUGAAUUUUUUUUGUUUUUGUUGAUUACAUGUGUUUAAAAGAACCGGAUGUUUCAUGCUUUUGCAACCAAUCAUCACACCGAUUGAGCCUCGAAACUGAAUUUUGGCCGACGCCUUGCACUAUUUAGAGCACCAAAAUUCAUUUAGAACUUGGCGAGAAUCUAUCUGCCCGGAGUGCAACGACAUUGGAUUCUGCAAUUUCCCGAAUACCACUGGAACAGACACUAUUCCAUGCUUUUGUCAAUUGGUGAGAGAAAUACAAAAAAAAAUACACAAUCGGUUUUCAGGCAAUGGGUUACUGUAUGUUGCGACCGGAGCGGCGUUUGAGAAGAGUUUGGGAGUUUCGAGGCAAAUCCAUCCCACAAAAAGGCAGCCCUCUGAGAAAAGAAUACAUGGAGCAUCUCACACAACUCGGUUAUGGGAACAUGACUGAUCAAGUAGCGAUCACAACUCAGGCCAGAGAAAAGUUAUCUCCCCUCUCAGUAAAAGUUUUGAAACCAACUUUAGGAUGAUCCUGAAAAUGUCAGCCUUGCAUCCAAAACGAAGAGCAGCUUUUGGUUAUGGCAAAUCCGAGUUGAUCAAAAUGUGUUCUUUCAACGGCCAACAAUGUGAUAUCGAUCGCGAAUUCAAGUAACCAAAAAAUCUAGAACUUCCGAAAAAAACAUUCAAGAUUACACAUUGACCCGUCUUUUGGCAAUUGCUACACUUUCAAUGCAGAUCCAAAGAAAAGCUUGUCCAGCAGCAGAGCUGGACCCAGUUACGGUAAAGAAAAUUAACUUUUAAAUGAUUGUAAAAAGUUUUUGAGGUCUACGACUUAGGGUUUUUGUCAAUUCCACGGAUUACUUACCUACAACAGAAGCAGCUGGUGUUCGAAUCGCAAUACACGGCAAACGGGAAUGUCCUUUUCCGGACACUUUUGGGUACUCGGCUCCUACAGGAGCCAUUUCUUCUUUUGGAAUUUCUCUUGUAAGCUACGAUACAUACUUCAUUCCUUUUUUAUACUUUCCAGCGCAAAGUGAAUCGGUUGAAAGAUUCUCGGGACGAAUGUUAUGAUAAAGAAACAUUGCCGGUCAAUUAUAUUUACAGGGACUUCAAAUACGAGCCAGAGGUUUGUUUCAAAAGGAAGGAUUAUAAAAAAAUACCUGCCUAGGAAUUUUAGAGUAGUCCUUAUAGGGGUUAGGGGGGAAAACAGCCCUUGAAAGAACCGACAAAAUGGCCCCUAUAGGGUUUUAGAGUCUAACUCCUUAGCCUCUAAAGCUUGAGUGGUCCCUAUAGAGGUUUUCCAAUUUUAUUCGAAAAACGCUUAUUCAGUUUUUCCCAUGAAAAUGCUUCUUCGCUUAGAGUUCAGAACAAUUAUCAAUUAGAAUGUCCCCUAUAAGGACCCCUUUUGCAUGUUUCAGUGGCCCCUAUAGGGGUUGGUGAAGUGGUCGAUAGAGGGGACCUCCAAGGGUCUAAGGUUGCCCCUAUAGGGACCACUUCAAGAAAUAUUGAAAUUUUCGAAGUUUCAAAACGCCAUAAGGAAUGCCUUAAAAACAUUAUUGAAUAAUUUUUGAUUAUUCUGAAAGAUAAUUCCAUAUUUCAGGGAUGCUACCGCUCAUGUUACCAAAGACGAAUAAUCAAACAAUGCGGUUGUGCUGAUCCAAGAUUCCCGAACCCGUGGGAAAGAGCUCCAUUUUGUGACAGUGGGAACGAGGACAUGAGUGAGUAUUUCCUACCCGGUUUCUAUUCGUAGCGGACGAAAAAAAAUUCUUCUGAAUCGGGUAUAAUGUUAAAAAAUAUUUCUCUCAGAUCAGUGCCUACUUCGUGAAGGAGCGAGUUUAUCCAUAAAGAAAAAUCACUGUCAAUGCAAGCACCCGUGCAAGCAAGAUCAGUACACGACUACAUAUUCCGCUGCGAAGUGGCCCAGUGGAAGCAUGAAAGCUCAUUGCGAUGAGAAGAUCAAGGAUUGCAACAGUUAUUACAGGUAAGGUUCUUGAAAAAUCGCAGGUUUUUGAAUUUUAAUGGAACAUUCCUAAUACAAAUACCGAAUGGGAUUGGAAAUCAUAAGAAUUUUUGAGAAAAUUGCUUUAUUUCGUUUGCGUUUUCUAGCACAUAUCAGAGAAUUUUUCCAAUAAGAAUGAACAGGUCUUUUUUUUUUGAAGGGAACAUGCGGCUAUGAUCGAAAUCUACUACGAACAAAUGAGCUAUGAAAUACUGACGGAGUCGGAAUCUUAUUCAGUUGUCAACCUCAUUUCUGACAUGGGAGGUCAAGCUGGUUUAUGGCUUGGUGAGUUUUUUGUACGUAAGGGCAAUCCAAUGCAAAAUCGAUCAUUUUCGAAAUUGGUAUAUCCCCUCUCUAGUGUAUGUAGUUUGUCUUGAUUCAUGAAAGCUCAAUUCGAAAAAUUUUUUUAAGUACAAAUUUUUCUAAUCAGCCUCUUUAUUUCUUCUAAAGUUUUUUUGUCUUUUUUUAGGAGCAAGUGUGAUGAGUCUCAUGGAGUUCGUCAUUCUCAUCUUUAGAGUUGUCUCGGCAGUGUGCAAAUCAAAGAAACGAAAGGAUUCUGGUCUUCUCAAAGACGAGGACUUCGAAAAAAACACAAUGCCAACUUGA